AUGGAUAGAUGGAUAGAAUGCAGUGCAAGCAAAAGCUGGGGCGUUGGAGCAGGGAAGCACGGCCCUGGCGUGCAGGCCCUACCAAACCAUAUGGCGGGCGGGGCAGCCGCUAACGACGGGCCUGGCCAGGAGGUUGUGGGGAAGCCGGUGCGAAAAAAGUUUGGUAACAAGUUCUUCUCAGGCACAGUGGAGAACUACGACCCUGCGGAGAAGUGGUACAAGGUCACAUAUGAGGACGGGGAUACGGAGGAGGUGGACUGGGCGGAACUGUCCAAGCUAGUAGCAAACGCGGAGGCCAAGUCUCCUGCCAAGCGCAAGGCAACUCCGGCGAAGGCGCCUGCGGCGAAAAAGGCAAAGGCUGUAGAAGCUCCGGCCGAGAAGCAGACAGUGGGCGUCAAGCAGGUUGCAACUGGGGGGCCCGGGCAGGGGCGAAACGUUGCUAAGCGGGUGUCAGUAGCGACGCCCAAAGCGCGGGAGGCGGCCGCCGCAGCCAAGAAACCGGUGGCGAGGGCCAAGAAAGCAGCGGCCUCCAAGAGCUCAGAUGUUGCGGCUCCGGAGGGGCAGGGUCGGAACGUGAUUGGGCGCAGAGUUCGCAAAAAGUUUGAGGACAUUGGCGCCUACUACACGGGACACGUCAAUGGAUACGACCCGAAAGUUGCCUACUACAAGGUGGAGUACGACGACGGCGAUGCCGAGGAGAUGGAGUGGGACGAGCUCAGCAUGUGGCUUGUGGACGAGAACGGCACAGAAGCAGGCCCGAGUGCGCCGGCUGCGGCUGCUUCCCCGGGCCCGUCCUCGGGCAAGAAACAGGUGCUUGAAAUCAGAAAGAGGAACCGGGAGUGAUCCUGAUAGAUUAGGAAUAGCUGCGGCUCAUUUAGAGCUUUGUCUCAGACAAUCAAACGAUGACAAGCAGAUUGUGGAUGUUGGAACAUUGGAUGGAACAGAUCUGCAAAGACAGACACCAGUUCCGGCCUUCAUAAAGUUGCCAGCAUGAAUGAACGUAGGUUCGUGUCGGACAUCCCGACUUUGUGCCAAGUUUCUAGUACAGUCCCUUGCCAUAGAACAAAAGCUUUGCGUGGAAUUGACUCGAACGUUGCGUCGUACUUGUGAGUACCCUGAAGAUCAACAUUGAUCUUCAGAAUACCUCGUCAGCCAGGUACGGUCCACUCGCGCAAAACAAGGUCGAUUCAUGAUUCGAUCUUCAACGUUGCAAGCGCAAGCUGUUGAUUAUAGCAGUACUGGUCUUGAUGAUGCAGCUUACAAGGGGGGGCGCCAUUCGGUUGAAAAGGGUCUCUUCUUUAAGUUCGGUCCGACUCCGCUCGGGUGUGUGUAAGUCUGGCGCUCCUGGCUAC